UCCCAUCCCACCCGCCCUUAGUCGGAAUUCCAUAAAUCAAAUUGUUUUAGUUUUUAGUGCCACUAUUUAUACGUUUUUAUUUUCUUAA